CUAAUUCAUGAGAUCACAAAGGGGAGUGACGCAGAUAUUACAGACGCCCCACAUUUCUAUUAAAUCCGCAGGAAUUCAAAUGUCUAAUCUGUAAAUGUCAAAUUUCUUAUUUUACGAGAAUAAAUAGUGAUUGAAAAAAGAGACACAGAUUAAUUUCGUCGGACUGCUCUGCUUGUGACAUGCUAACGCCGUUCAUGUUGGAGGUUGCUGCUGUCCACCGUGAAGAUUAGAUGGGAUAGCCAACACCAACACGAGAUAUGCCGCAGCCCAAAUCACGAAAAAUCGCCAUUCUCGGGUACAGAUCCGUAGGAAAGUCCUCGCUGACGAUCCAGUUUGUGGAAGGCCAGUUUGUGGACUCCUAUGAUCCAACGAUAGAAAACACGUUUACCAAGAUGAUCACGAUAAACGGACAAGAAUACCACCUGCAGUUGGUAGACACAGCGGGACAGGAUGAAUACUCUAUAUUUCCUCAGACCUAUUCCAUAGAUAUCAAUGGAUACAUCUUGGUCUACUCUGUCACGUCUAAUAAAAGUUUUGAAGUAGUUCAUAUUAUCCACUGUAACUGA